AUGCAAAAUGAUAACAAACACAAUAACAAGUCAACCAAUACAAGAAAUAGAAUCAAUUUAUUCAAUGACAUAGAUCAUAAUGAUGAUAAUAAUUUUAAUAUUUUUGAUGUAGAUGAUGAAUUACAAUCAACAAAUAGUAGAAAUAGAACUAAUAAUAGAUCUACAACAAUAUCAUCACAACCAUUGAUAAAUAAUUCGAGUUUAACCAAUUCAUCAUCAUCAUCUUUAUUAGACUUUUGGUUUCAACCAGAUGUCAAACCAGAUUCAGAUGAUGAUCUACCAGAGCACGGUAAUCAUUAUGAGCAUAAAUGCUCUACAAACACUAUUAGAAAGACUACAACACCUAUUAUAGAUGACAAUGACAUCAUAGUUAAAAAAACACUACAAACAGUUCAAUCAUCAACAGCACGAGUUUCUUUUAAACCAAACUUUUAUGAUAUCGAAAGAGCAUCCAAGAGAAGAGAUGAAUGCAAUAAUCAAUUAAAUAUAUUACUUAAUAAUAAGAAAAGAUUAAAUUCAAAUAUAAAUAAUGAUAUAGAUAAAGCAGCAACAACAACUACUACUACAACUUGUUCUACAUCUACAGAUGAUAACAACAACAACAACAACAAGUCAAAGUUUCAAAGAUUAUUCUUUAAUCAUAACAACAACAACAAUAAUAAUAAUGAUUAUAAUGCAGAUGACUUUAUAACACCAAAUAACAAUAAUAAUAGUAAAGUAAAUUCAAAGAAAAAACAACAACCAAAUGGAGUAAUAACUAAAAUAUCAAAUAAUAAUAAUAAUAAUAAUAGUCCAAUGAAAAUAAUAAAUAAUAAUAAUAGUAUAUCACCAAAGUUAAUAUCACACAAGGUAUCACAAUUAAUAGCACCAAGUCAAUUAUCACCUAUUAAGAAAUCAGUACACCAGAUAACACCACCAGUGAAUCAAAAUGCUACAACUAAUAAUACAUCUGUUGCUACACCUACAAAAUCACCAAGUAAUAGUUAUGAUGUAGAGAAUGAAUUCUCCCCGUUCUCACUCGAUUCAGCACCAUUACUAUCAUCACCAUUCAAACCAAAAGGUUUGUUUGAUAUCGAAUCUAACGAUGACAGUUACCUUUCACAAGUACAAUCAUCAUUUGAAUUCUCAUUCUCUGGUCUCACCGGUGGUGUUGGUGGUAGUGGUCAUACCCAACGACAAUCACAGAAUCUAAUAGAUUUAUUUAACCAACAAACUAAUAAUAACAAUAAUAAUAAUAAUAAUAAUGAUAUUCCUAAAACCACAACAACAACAACAUCAUCAUCAUCAUCAUCAUCAAACAGUAAUAAUAAAAGAUAUGAAAGAUUAAUAGUUAUAGAUGUAAACUAUGAGAUAUUCUCAAGUGCACCAAGUCAAGGUAUAAAUAGUUCAAUACAUAAAAAGACAAUCAAUGCAUUCAAUGAAGAGCUACAAUUGAAUAGAACAGUGUUGUUGUUUGGCGAGUGGAUCUACAGCUUGGUGCAUGCAGGUGAUAUCUUCAAUGUCAUAGGAGAGUUUGACUCUAACGGUCUGAUUGUCAUUGACAAUGUCAAGAAUCUGCUAGUUUUACACCCAGAUUUCCUAAUCACCGGUACCGAGCUUGGUGGAAGUUUCUCUUGUUCUCGGCGUGCACUCCUAAAAGAACAAUUGACCAGUGAGUUCAACUCGACAGUUCCUCUCUACGGUUCGAUAGUACAUGAAAUCUUUCAGCAAUGUCUAACCGAGAAUUCAUUUGGUAGCGAUGAUAUCGAGAGAUUCAAACGUGACAUUCUCUUGCAACCUUCGUUCGCGCUAAAGUUGUCUUCUCUUGGCGAAACACACCAGGUCGCCAGCGAGCAUAUCGGUGGAUGGCAGUCAGUUAUCCAGAGUUUCAGUUCGAUAUUCGUCGAUUCACAGAAUGGAAAACGAAACAUUGUCGAAAUCAAUGGUGAGCAAUGGCAUCUCCAGAUUACAAAGGUGUUGGACAUCGAAGAGAAUAUAUGGUCGCCAAUGUAUGGAUUGAAAGGAAAGAUUGAUUCCUCUGUUGAAGUGAAACUGACACCUCCCUACCAAAAGGCAACCAGUCCAUCAACCACAAGAAAAAGAAAAACAACAAAUAAUUCACCAUAUAAACAGCAGCAGCAGCAGCAACAAAAUAAUAACAAAAACAACAGGAAUAGAGUACCAAUCUAUUUGAAUGUACCAUUCGAGAUAAAGACAGGUAAACCUUAUGAAGUACCAAACAUUGCUCAUACAUCACAGGUUUUGAUUUACACUUUGAUGAUGAACGAUCGAUAUGAACAACAUACCAACUUGGGACUGCUCUACUAUUUGAAAAACUCCAAAGAGAGAGCUGGUAAAUCUUUUGGAAUCCUGCAUCCAAUUGUUCCCGAUCGAAAUCAAAUUAGAUCACUCAUUGUAUCGAGAAAUCUAUUGGCAUACUAUUUAAAUUUGAAUUCGCGAUUCGUUUUGAAUCCAAAUCCAGUCUUACCUAAAAUGCUCAAAGAAGAGAGAACCUGUUCGAAAUGCUAUUUGGUCGAUCAAUGUUUGCUGCAUCAUCGUGCCGUCGAGAAUGGAGAUCGUAACACCAGUGGACUUGGUGAUCUUUUCGACGAAAAGACUUUACAUCUUAAACAAUCACAUAUUGAAUAUCUUAAAAAAUGGAACAAAUUAAUUUCUUUAGAAUUAGAAUCAAAUAAUAACUAUAGAAAAUUAAUUUGGAACUUUCCGAGUAGAUUCAGAGAAGACAAAGGAAUGUGUAUUGGUUCUUUGACAAUGGAAAGAGAAGAGUUUAUACAAGGUGGUGUAAUCUACAAGUUUGGAUUGCCCAGCAGUGAAAAGGCUGCCAAUGCUCUACUGUUUCAAGGUGACUAUGUUACGGUUUCAAUCGAGAGGAAAUACUAUGGUGUUGCCAUAGGCCAGAUAACCGAGAUCUCUGCCAACUCUAUCAAAGUACUCUGUCGUGAAAAGAUAACAGAACCACCAGUCGUCGUACAAUCAGAUGCUGCCAACGAUGAUGACUUUUCUUUUAUCAACAAUGAAAUGUCGAAAUGUUCAAUCAACAGUGAUUGCAAACAUGUUCAUGCAAACCGUCGGAUCAAACCACUCUUAAAGAUAGAAUAUGAAAACGAUGAUAUCAAGAGUCAAGAGAUGAAAAAGAAAAAGAGUAAAUCACCGCUGCUCCAAUCAAAGUCAAACUCGUUCAUUACAAGUCAGUUGAAUGCUAGUGGUGGCAAGCCAAAAGUUGGUGUAUCGGCGCAACGUACCAUUAUGAAUCGAUCCAGAAAGAAUUAUAAUCUUUUUGGCAGCAGAACCGGUGGAGAUGAACCAAUGACAUUUAGAAUCGAUAAGGACGAAGGAUCUUCUUCGAGUUUCUCAAUAUUAAAAUCGAAUCUAUUCAACUUGUUUAUGCCAACAACCUCUUCGAGAUUACGCGAUUUGAUAGUAGACUUGGAACAACCUCAGUUUGAUUAUCAAGACCGACUAAGCUCAUUGAUCAACAACAAUGACUUUGACCAAUUAAUUAGUAAAAGAUCAUUGAAUCCCGACCAAUCCAAUGCAAUUAAAAGAGUAAUAUUGGCAAAGGAUUACUCUUUGAUUCUGGGUAUGCCAGGUACUGGAAAGUCAAAUUCCAUAGCACAUCUCGUCAGCAUCUUAUACUCUUUGGGUAAAUCCGUUCUUUUGACUUCGUUUUCACAUACAUCUUUGGAUUCGCUACUUGAAAAAUGUGUUGGUGCAGGUGUCAAUCACAUGCUACGUAUAGCCUCCAAUAUCAAUCAGGUUGCAGAGCCACUUCAAAAGUUCUGUUUAGAACGUCAACAAUUUUCGUCAAUCACAGAGAUGAAGAAAUUUCUCGAUAGUCAUCGAAUCAUUGCUACUACAUGUUUGGGAACCAACCACGCCUACUUUAAUCAAUCACGUAAAUUCGACUAUUGUAUUAUCGAUGAAGCAUCGCAGUUGACGCAACCAAUGUGUUUUGGUGUAUUGAAAUACUGCUCGAAAUUCGUUUUGGUCGGUGACAACUACCAACUUCCACCAUUGGUGCAAAACUCGGAAGCAAAAAAAUUAGGUAUGGAAGACUCGCUUUUCAAGCGUCUGAGCAGUGCACACCCAUCAGCAGUCACCUACCUCCACUAUCAAUAUAGAAUGUGCAGUGAUAUUAUGUACCUCUCAAACGAAUUGAUCUAUAAUGGACGUCUGAAAUGUGGAAACUACCAGGUAGCCAAUGCCUCAAUGACCAGUGUCAAUUGCCAACGUGCAUCACUCAUCUAUCCACCAACUGGAUGGGUCAGUCGAGUAUGUCAGCCACAGGUCAAGGUUCAAUUUUUAAAUACCGACCAACUCUCUGAUAGCAAAGAGCAAAAAAUAGGUGAUCUCUACUCUAAUAGCACUGAGGCACUUGUUGUCUCACAGAUUGUACAAUGUCUCUUGUACAGUGGUGCCAAACAAUCAGACAUUGGAAUCAUAUCUCCCAAUAGAAUACAACUCCGAAACAUUAAGCGAGCAAUAGCCGAUAUCUUUGAGCGUCAAUCGGAUCUCGAUAAAUCCACGACACAAGCUCUGCCCUAUGCCGAUAUCGAUAUAUUUACCAUUGACAAGUAUCAAGGUAAAGAUAAAGAUUGCAUUCUUAUAUCAAUGGUUAGGAAUAAUAAUCAAGAAUUAAUUGGCGAUUUAUUAAAGGAUUGGAGAAGAUUAAAUGUAUCAUUUACAAGAGCUAAAAAGAAACUCUUGAUCAUAGGAAGUUUAAGUACACUAUCUUCAUUCCCGCUCUAUGAUGAUCUCUUUCAAAUACUUAAAGAUAAACAAUGGAUUACAAAUUUACAACUAUAA